CACUGUUUGUGAUUUUACUGAUUUCAACUUGGAUACAAAUAUAUAAAAAUAAAUCAACAUUCUGAAUGAAGUCUCUAAUAGUUAACGGUAAUGUAAUUUUUUAAUUGGCGAUAUUUCACUCUGUAUGAUUUCUGAAGUGUUUUCUGUAAAACUGGGUGCACGAAUCUAUUUGAAAUAAAAAAAAAAAAAUGUUUGGAAGCUCUAAGCCAUUUGGAACUGCUUCAACAUUUGGAGCAAGUUCCUUUGGAAACACUUCUACUCCCUUUGGACAGAAUACUAAUACUUUUGGUGCCAAGCCAGCUACUAGCAAUGUGUUUGGAAGCUCAACUUUUGGCGUAUCAACGCCUAGUGCACCUAUGUCUGGUGGAUUGUUUGGAAGUGCCACACCAGCCUCGGGUACUGGAUUAUUUGGACAACCAUCUACUGCAUUUGGCACUCCAGCUGCUACUAGUACUGGAGGAUUUGGAUUUGGUGCCACAUCAAACACAGGUGGCCUCUUUGGAAGUGCUACACCAUCUACCCAAAGUUCAGGGGGGUUAUUUGGCAAUACCAGCACUUCUGCAUUUGGAACGCCGCGACCAACUUUUGGAGGUUUUGGUAGCUCUACUACUGGAACUGGAUUAUUUGGACAAAAUACUAGCACAGGAACUGGUUUAUUUGGUUCUACUGGAGGGUUUAGUGCAACAGCUCCUACUGGAACAACCAUAAAGUUUAAUCCACCAACUGGGACAGACACAAUGAUGAAAGGAGGUGUAUCAACUAGUAUUGGGACCAGACAUCAAUGUAUCACAUGCAUGAAAGAAUAUGAAAACAAAAGCUUGGAGGAAUUGCGUGUUGAAGAUUAUGCAGCUAAUCGUAAAGGAAGCAGCACAACAGGGGUGAUGGGAUUUGGAGCUCCUGCUCAACAAACAAGUAUAUUUGGUACUCCUGCUGCCUCCACAUCUGCCUUCUCUUUUGGUGGAACUCAAUCAAAACCUUUGUUUGGUACUACUGGCACAACAAAUACUUUUGGCUCUGGAGGUUUGUUUGGUCAACCAGCUCAAACACAAAACACUGGCUUAUUUGGCAAACCAGCUGGGUUUGGUACACCUGCAACUUCAGCAGCUCCUGUUUUUAAUUUUGGAGGGACUUCAGGAACUUCACUGUUUGGUCAAAAUAAUCAACAAAAACCUUUAUUUGGCCAAACCACUGGAUCCACUGGUCUUUUUGGUAAUACUGCUACUACUCAAUCAACUGGUUUUGGUUCUGGUGCUAGUUUUGGUGGAUUUGGUGCUACAAACCAGCAGUCGACUGGGCUUUUUGGUGCAAAGCCAACUGGAUUCGGAACCACAAAUACCACCACAACUAAUACAUUCAGUUUUGGUAAUACUAAUAAUAUGAGUGGUGGGGGCCUGUUUGGACAGAAGCCUGCUGCUCCAACUUUUGGAACUGGAACUGGAUUUGGUACACAGUCUACAGGUUUUGGUUCCUUUGGUACAACUCCAUCUACUGGAACUAGUCUUUUUGGUCAGAAUAAACCUGCUACAACAGGUUUCGGAACCACUGGUAAUAUGUUUGGUGGAGGCUUGGGGACUGGUUUUGGCAACUCAUCUUUUUCAAUGGGACUAGGUACAAACACUGGCACCGGUUUGUUUGGAACUUCAACUGCUAAUAAAGCACCAGGUUUUAACUUCGGAAAUGCUGGAUCUACAGGAUUCAAUUUUGGUGCUGCAAAUCAAAAUACUUCAUCUUUCAAUUUUGGUCAACCUUCAACUAUGCCUUCAAGUGAUUCAAAUAAUGCUGCAGCUCUACAACAGGCUCAACAGCAGAUUUUGGCAAUGACUGUAAAUCCUUUUGGAGAUUCUCCAUUGUUCAGAAAUCCAAUGAAGGAUUCUUCAAAAGAAACUGAAGUGUUGAAACCUACAAAUCCUUCUGCUCAAAAAGCUCUUCUUAAUGAUAACCAAUACAAAGUGGCUUUAUUGCCAACAGCAAAAAUAAAGCCUAAGCCUUGGUCCCCUGUACCUACUGGAAAGGUGCUGUUAUUUGAUGGCUUAGAAGAUGAAGAACCAAGUCUUGGAACUGCCUUUCUUCCUAAAAAAAGUGUUAAAAAAUUGGUUUUAAAAAAUCUCAGCAAUAAUCAGUCUUCUUUGACACUUACUUCCAAUAUUUCACCUAGUCAAUCAACUAGAAUUGACGUCUCAAUUUCUUUGAAAAAUCCUGAUAAUCAGCAAAAUAAGAACUCUUCAGAAAGUUCACCCCAAACUACUCCUUUGACUAUUGAUAUCACAAAUAGUAAUUCAGAAGCAAGGACUAUUAAUGUUAGACAAACUUCUGGUUCUCCGGCACAUGAAUCUUUAUCUGACCCUAUUGUAUCUAAAAAUUUAAGAGUCAGUUUCAACAAUAGUAUGAAUGAUAGUAUUGCUGCUCUUCAUACUAACAAGCCAUCUCUUCCAAAUAAAACUUAUAAUGUUUGGAGUGAAAAUGAACAUGAAAAAGAUCAUGAUUCCUCUAGAGAAACCAUUGGGCCACCAAAUGAAGAAACUACAUCUUCACUUCAAAAUUCUGGUCAUCCAACUGGAAUAAUUCUGUCAGAUACUAGUUACUUUACAAUACCUUCAUUAGACAGCAUGAUCCCCAUGGUGACUAGUGAUAAGAAGUGUCCUGUGAAAGAUUUUACAGUUGGAAGACAAGGUUAUGGAAAAGUAACCUUCCCUGGUGUUACAGAUGUUUAUGGUCUAAAUUUGGAUGAAAUAAUAAUUUUUGGGAAUAAAGAGAUAAAUGUGUAUCCAGAUGAUGAAAAGAAACCGCCUGUAGGUCAAGGUUUAAAUCGAAAGGCAAAAGUUAUUUUGGAAAAUGUUUGGCCAAUGGACAAAACAAAUCAUACUUUAAUAAAGGACCCAGAAAGGAUAACUAAAAUGGGUUACAAAGAAAAAAUUGAGCGAUGCACAACACAACUUGGAGCAACCUUCAUUGAUUACACACCAGAGACUGGAUCUUGGAUAUUUGAGGUUGAUCACUUUUCUAAGUAUGGAUUGGAAGACUCUGAUGAUGAAAUGGAUACCUCGAAACCUCCUGAGAAGAAACCUAAUGGAGUUAUUCUUAAAAAACCGGGAGAACAAACAAAUGGAAAAGGGGCUUCUGCCGAUGCCCUGCAAAAUAUGGAAUUAAAAAGAAAACCUCUUGGCUCUUUCCAAGCACAAGAUCAUGAAAUGGAAACAUUAUCGUCCCAAAUAAUUACUUACCCUUUGGAAUAUAUUGAAGAUGAAGAAUUAAUGAAUGAAAUAACCUCCCCUACAAGUCCAAUUUUGACUGCUGAUAUCGAUGCUGAAAGAAUCCAGGGAAUGAAGGCUUCCUUUUUUCAUCAAGAUAUGGAUGAUGACAACUGGGGUCCAUCUGUAUAUAAUGUUCGAGGUGAUUCUUUUACUACUCAAAGAAAAGAUUUGCAUUUAGAAAAAAGUAUAUUUACCUCAACUAAACUUCACGAAGUAACUACAGAUGUGUCAAAAAAGCAAAAAUAUUCCGAAGGUGCUGAUGAGCAAUCUUAUGUUCAUCUGCCUACCCCAGUUAAAUUUAGUGAAAUAGGUGUACAAAAUUCUCUAUCAUCUUUAACGAUUUCCGAAUCAAAAAUACCAGAGUGGUUAUCAGAUUUCCCUGUUGUCAAAAGUUCUUCUGAAAGUUUAGUGCUUAGUUCCAAACCUGCACCACUAACACUGAAUAAAAUAUACUUGAAACCAUAUAAGCAGUCUGUACUCUACGAUAAACAACACCUUUUGUUUGAUGCUGGUUACUUUAUGGGUCGUAGCUUUCGUGUUGGAUGGGCAGGAAAUGGAAUAUUUGCUUAUCCACGUGCACCUGAAGGGAGCAUUGUAGAAACUUAUCAGAAGUUCCUGUAUGAUGCCAAUAAAAUGAACAAGGUAUCUCAUUAUGGAUCUAGUUUUGUCGUAACUCUGAAGGAAAUAUCAUCUUAUUCAACUGAGAUCAAUAAUAGAAAGGAAGAGAAAAUAGUUGUGGAUGCUCUAGAACUUCAACUUGAAAACUCUGUUUCAUCUGUAGAAAAAAAUGCACCAUUAUUUGUUCCUAAACCAGGUGUUGAGCCAGUUCAUGUACAUGCAAAUUUGUUUGAAAGUAUUUUAAAAGAUUCAGAUCCUUUUGCUCCUGAAACUGAUUUUGUUAGACAGUGUGCAUACGUUUGGGAUUUGCUUGUUUCACUUUGGGGCAAGGUUAAAGGUUUAGAUGAUGAUAAAGGCAAUUCUAGUUAUGUAACCCAAAUUGCCAGAAGGGAGGCUUUAUCUCGUUGGCUCAUUAAGACAACUGAACAUGAUAUUUCGAAGAAAAUAACAGCUAAUUCACAGCAUAAUGAUUAUUUGACCAAAAUUUUCUUGCAUUUGAGUGGGCGUCGAAUUGCUGAUGCUGUAAAGUUAGCUCAGAUGAACAAUGAUUUCCGUUUGUCAUUACUUUUAUCGCAAGCAGAAGGUAAUACAAUAGUUCGUAAACUUAUUGCCAAACAACUUGAUAACUGGAGAGUAAAUGGAGCCUAUGAAUUUAUUAAGCAAAAUAGAAUAGCCCUGUAUGCUCUAUUGGCUGGAAUGCUAGUUUACGAAGAUGUAAAUUGCUGUAAAAAUUUGAAUUGGAAGCAAACUCUAUCUUUACAGUUAUGGUAUCACUGCAACCCUAAUGCAAGUGUUCAAGAAGCUAUCAAAGAAUAUGAUGAAUCCUUCCAGGGAACAGGUCCAAAUGGGAAGUAUGCUUUCCCUCCUUAUCCUUUAUACAUGGAAGAAUUGGAAAAUUCCGAGAAGUUAGAAGAGUUUGACGUAGUGUUUGAUACUUGUUACCACAUACUAAAGUUGUACUGUGACAGAAGUUACCGCUUUGAUUUACUGCUCAUGCCAGAGACUUACUCUACUGCUCAUUUAGAUUAUCGACUCAGCUGGCUGUUGCAUUUAUCACUAUCAUCAAUUGGGUACAGCAUUCCUGCUGAUCUUGCAAGUACACUUCAUAUGAAUUUUGCUUCACAAUUGGAAUCGCUGAAUUUAUGGCAUUGGGCAGUUUUCGUCCUCCUCCACCAUACUGAUGAAACAUGGCGAAUCAAGCAAGUCAAAGAAGUUUUGUUGAGAAACAUUUCUCUGGAACAAAAUGAAGAUACAGUUGCUAAAGAGAAAUUUCUUAUUCAGUCCUUGUUGAUUCCUGAAAAAUGGAUUUUUGAUGCAAAAGCUGUAAAAGCUAAUGUGAUGGGUAAAAAAGCUGAGGAGGCAUGGAAUUUAUUAAAGGCAGAAAGAUGGAGUGAAAGUCAUGCUGUAGUCAUCAAAUACUUGGCAUCUGAUGCUGUUAUAAAUGAAGACUAUGAAUACCUCAUGAAAUAUUUGAGUGAGUUGUCAAUACCUGAAAGAAGUUCCACAAUUUUAGAUUGGUCAAAUGGAGGUCAGGUUUACUUGGAUUAUAUAAAUAUGUGUCGCGUUGUGCAAGAAGUUUUGUCUCGAGAAGCAAGUGCUUAUGAUUUGGAAAAAUUUACCCCUGAAGUAGUAUCAUUGUGUCAGAGACUCUCAAGUAUACCAGCCUAUUCCUUGAAGGACAGAUUGAGCAUAGCUGAAAUGGCUAAGAAAACUGCUACCAUUCUCCAAUCUAUCUCUAUCUUGCAAGCUAGCCGGACGAAAAACUCUAAUUUGUUAACCAUGCUAGCCAGCUCUAUUAAGAACCUGCCAAUGCCUUUUGAUUAUGCUGUUUCUGAGAAUAGGUUUGUGGCACAUUGUUUCGUUGACAAAAUUACAACAGAAGUUUAAAAGGAAUGUGUGGAAACAAGAACUCAUGUAACAUAUAGCCGUUCAGCCUGAACAUUUUAUGCAUUAUUAGAAAAAAGUGGAUUCUUUGAAUGUAAACGUUAAAACUUCUUUUAUUUAAAUGUAUAUUUCACUGUGAUAAAUUUGUAUUAAAGUCAUCAAGUUAUAUGUAUAAUGAUUCAUAAGUGUCAAAACUCAUAAACAUUGAUUGUACUUUCAGAAAUUGUUUCUGGAGAAUAAAAGUGGAAAUUUAA